AUACUAUGCCAUUGUAAAGCCGCUCAAGUAUCCGAUUAGCAUGACAAAGCGCGUCGUUGGUAUCAUGAUACUAAACACAUGGAUAUCACCAGCACUGCUGUCCUUUCUGCCCAUAUUUAUUGGUUGGUAUACGACCGAGGAUCACAAGCGAUUCGUCGAGGCGCAUAAAGACCGCUGCGAGUUCAUUGUGAAUAAGCCAUACUGCAUCGUUUCCAGUUCGAUUUCGUUCUGGAUACCUUGCACCAUUAUGAUAUUCACGUACUUGGCCAUAUUCCAUGAAGCGAAUCGACAAGAGAAACAACUGAUGAUGCGUCAAGGCAACGCUAUGCUGAUGCAUAGGCAAUCAGUGGGUGUGAGCGCAGGCGGCGAAGCGUUAAGCGGUUCCGGUUCAUCAAAAACUUUAACUUUGCAUGAAGUCGAGCAGGAUCAUACGCCCACUAAGGAUAAACAUUUAAUCAAAAUGAAACGAGAACACAAGGCUGCAAGAACUUUAGGUAUAAUAAUGGGCACUUUUAUAGUUUGUUGGCUGCCAUUCUUUCUGUGGUAA